GUUGGGUUGGCACUCUGACUCCAGCUGGUCUUGAAGAGCACCUGAAGAAGGGAAGGCAAAAAAAGUGCACGCUGCCGUGUGGAACUGGUACCUAAGGAUGGAAGUAGAGAAAUCCAGGCCACUAUGGGACAAUUCCUUCCAGUUUAUUUUUGCCUGUAUAUCUUAUGCGGUGGGACUGGGGAAUGUAUGGCGGUUUCCUUAUUUAUGUCAGAUGCAUGGAGGAGGUGGAUUUCUAAUCCCAUAUAUGAUAAUGUUAAUAGUGGAAGGGAUGCCCCUGUUAUACUUGGAGCUGGCAGUAGGACAGCACAUGCGACGCGGGAGCAUUGGAGCAUGGAAAGCAAUAAGUCCUUACCUCUGUGGGGUUGGUGUUGCCAGUGUUAUCGUUUCCUUUUUCCUCUCUAUGUAUUACAACGUUAUCAAUGCCUGGGCAUUCUGGUACCUAUUCCAUUCAUUCCAGGAUCCUUUGCCAUGGGCAACCUGUCCGUUGAAUAUUAAUAACACGCACUAUGACGAAGAGUGUGAGAAAGCUACUCCAACUCAGUACUUCUGGUACAGGAAAACACUCAAUAUUUCUCCAUCCAUCGAAGAGAGCGGGAGCAUCCAGUGGGAACAAGCUGCAUGCCUCAUCCUGGCUUGGCUGGUGGUCUAUCUCUGUAUUCUAAAAGGAACAGAACACACAGGCAAGGUUGUUUAUGUAACAGCUACAAUGCCAUAUGUAGUCCUCAUGAUAUACUUAAUCAGAGGCCUAACCCUCCAUGGAGCUGUGAAUGGUCUGACAUAUAUGUUUACACCAAAGCUAGAGCAAUUAGCAAACCCCAAGACUUGGAUUAAUGCAGCUACUCAGAUCUUCUUCUCCCUUGGGCUGGGCUUUGGCAGCUUGAUAGCUUUUGCCAGCUACAAUGAGCCAAGCAACAACUGCGAGCGACAUGCCAUCAUUGUUUCAUUAAUAAACAGCAGCACUUCAGUAUUUGCCAGUAUUGUUACUUUCUCCAUUUACGGCUUUAAGGCAACAUUCAACUAUGAAAACUGCGUAAAUAAGGUGAUCUUGCUAUUGACCAAUUUUUUUGACCUGGAAGAAGGAUCAUUAACAAUGGAAAACCUUGAAGAUAUGAAACAUGUUCUAGCAUCUACUCAUCCCAGAGAAUACGCAGAUUUAUUGCCACAGAUCAAGAACUGCAGCCUGGAAGCAGAACUAGACACGGCUGUGCAAGGGACUGGAUUGGCCUUCAUCGUGUAUUCUGAAGCAAUAAAGAAUAUGGAGGUCUCACAGCUGUAUUCAGUGUUGUAUUUUAUUAUGCUGCUGUUGCUGGGAUUAGGCAGCAUGCUGGGGAACACUGCAGCCAUCCUUACUCCUUUGACCGACAGCAAUUUCCUUUCCUCCCACGUGCCCAGAGAGAUGAUCUCAGGUGGAGUGUGUAUUAUCAACUGUUUCAUUGGCCUAUUGUUUACCAUGCAAGCUGGCAACUACUGGUUUGAUAUCUUCAAUGACUAUGCAGCUACUCUGUCACUACUGCUUAUUGUACUGGUGGAAACUCUUGCUGUCUGUUAUGUUUACGGGCUAAGGAGAUUUCAGAAAGCCCUUGGUGUGAUGAUUGGGCAUGAACCAAGUUGGUACUGGAAAAUUAUGUGGGCUUUUGUCAGUCCUGUGUUAAUUGUAAGCCUACUUAUAUUUUACCUCACGGACUACAUCAGGACAGGAACACUGCAGUACCAAGCCUGGGAUGCAACAGAGGGGCAACUGGUUACAAAAGACUACCCAAGUGGUGCUCUAGCACUUAUUGGAUUGCUUGUGGCAGCUUCUACUUUGUGUAUACCACUUGGUGCAAUACUAGUUUUCAUAAAAAAGCGAACUAGUAGUUAGUACUGGACUUAGAGAACCUCAACAGCUGCAACUUCCCAGUACCACCUUGAAGACUAUAGCAGCUAGAACUUCCAACAAUAAGCAAGACACACAGAACUUGGCUAUCAUCCUAAAAUAUGCUAUAGGACAAUCUCAUAGUCAAAGCUGUUCUGUAGCAAAUGAAGGUUUACAAUUGCUUUUGAGAGACAUGAACAUAGCAAUUGGGGGGCUAACAAAAACACACCCAGGCUUUAAAAAUGAAGUAGAUAUCGGCCCAUUUCAUCUGCUUCCUUAAAAGCAAUCUUUUGAGUGGAAACAUAUUCCUUUUAUACCUGAAGUGAAACAAGAAAGUUUUGCAUUGCUGGAAAGCUGCAACAUAACACAGUUUUCCCAUGUAUAAUGCAUAGCUUUGACUAUGCAAGUUAUAUGCAUGGCUGAUGGAAUGUAUCUUUUAGUAGAUGCUAGCACUUUCUUUAGGAGCUACAUUAGCUCAUUUACCUGAGUUAUCAAGAAAAGCAUUAUUGAUUUUUUGAGUUACUAAUAAUACAGGAAAACAGCAAGCUCAAAACAGCUAACAGUCUACUAAAUUUCUCUUUUUCUGUAGGUGCUUCACAUAUUUUUAAAUGGUAGCAGGGCUGGUAAAAUAUUAAGCACCAAGGCAAGGGUAGCCCAGAGGUUUUGGGUUACAGUUCGUAGCAGCCCUGACCAGUACAACCAAUGGUCAGGAAUGCUGGGAGUUACGCUCCAAUAUCAUCCAGAUGGACAUAUUUCACACUCUUGGAGGAAUGGUUAUGAGCUGGGAAUCUAAAACAGGCAGAUGUUAGCUGUAUUACAAAAAUGUGCAUAUAAAUGCUUUUAACAGCACGUGCUGCACUUAUACAAUAUUCUUAACAUUACCUUCAAGCAAAAACAUGAAUCAAAAAAAUUGUAACAAAAGUGAUAUAGAUGAAGGCUUAUUUUUACUUGCCUUCUUUCCCUGGACCUUAAUUACCUGCUGCCAAACUUCUGAAACAAUAAAAAAAGGUAACGAAGAGAAACAGAUACUCCAGUUUUCAUCAUAUACUUCCAUGAGGGCAAGGAGCCACAUGGCUUAUCCAUACCUUAAGAGCUGGAAAAACAUUUCAAAUUCAAAUGUGUACUAGAAGCAUUUCCCCCUGGAUCUACAAAUUUAAUGCUUCCCCAAUAAAAUCCUUUUAACAGAAAUUCACAUUAUAUUAUAUGAAUACUACUUCUAGUCUCAGAAUACUUCCAGACAAAUGCAUACUCUACUUGCAUUUUCCCCCAUGUAAGACUCCAUAGGAGGUCAAGACAUUUUAUAGAAAACCAAGAUAUUGGUUGGAACUUAGUAUGUAUUAUGUCAAGCAAUGCUGAACACAAAGAAAUCAAUGCAAGGCUCUUUAAGUUACAUCAGGAUAUUUGACAAGAAGACAGAUUAUGCUACAAAAAGCAUGUUCCACACCUCUGGGGAAUUGUGAAAAAAU